AUGGCGGCCGAGGAAGACGCGGUGAAAGUCUGUUUAAGGGUUCGCCCGACUAUACAGAGAGAACAGGGGGAUCAAGUGAAUUUAAUUUGGAAAGCUGAAAACUCUACUGUAUCUCAGAUUGAUGGCACAAGAUCUUUUCAUUUUGAUCGUGUUUUUAAUUCGCUUGAAACAACAUCUCAAGUUUAUCAAGAAGUAGCAGUUCCGAUUAUCCGCUCAGCUCUACAUGGAUAUAAUGGAACUAUAUUUGCUUAUGGGCAGACUUCUUCAGGCAAAACAUAUACAAUGAUGGGAACUCCAAAUACCCUGGGAAUUAUACCCCAAGCAGUUAAGGAAGUGUUUAGAAUCAUUCAGGAGAUACCAAACAGAGAAUUCUUAUUACGAGUUUCAUAUAUGGAAAUCUAUAAUGAAACCGUCACAGACCUCCUGUGUGAUAGCAGAAAAAAGAAGCCUUUGGAAGUCCGUGAGGAUAUUAAUCGAAAUGUGUAUGUUGCUGGCCUGACUGAAGAACUUGUGAUGUCUCCUGAACAUGUCCUGCAAUGGAUCAAAAAGGGUGAAAAAAACAGACAUUAUGGGGAGACAAAAAUGAAUGAGCGCAGUAGCCGGUCUCAUACAAUUUUUAGAAUGAUUGUUGAAAGCCGAGAGAGCAAUGACCCUGGCAAUUCAGAGAACUGUGAAGGAGCAGUUAUGGUAUCUCACCUGAAUCUUGUUGAUUUAGCUGGCAGUGAAAGAGCAAGUCAAACUGGGGCAGAAGGUGUAAGGUUAAAAGAAGGGUGCAACAUCAACCGCAGUUUGUUUAUCAUUGGGCAAGUCAUUAAGAAACUUAGUGAUGAUCAACCUGGAGUUUUUAUCAACUACAGAGACAGCAAGCUGACAAGGAUUCUUCAGAAUUCUCUGGGUGGAAAUACAAAGACUGUAAUAAUCUGUACCAUUACACCUGUUUCCUUUGAGGAAACAUUGAGCACACUCCAGUUUGCAAGUGCUGCAAAGAAUGUUAAAAAUAAGCCUCAUGUCAAUGAGGUCCUAGAUGAUGAAGCAUUGUUGAAGAGAUACAGAAAGGAAAUAAUGGAUUUAAAGAAGCAACUUGAAGUCUUAGAGGAGUCUUCUGUGUCAAAAACAAACGAGCAAAUGGCCAAAGAAGAACAUUCCCAACUACUUGCAGUAAUACAACAACUUCAAAAAGAAAAAGCGGAGCGGAUAUCUAAUUUGAAAAAUAUUGUUAUUGAUGCUGCUGUGUCCCAGGAAGAACAGCAGCCUAAAAGAAAAAGAAGAGUUACAUGGGCUGCUGAAAAAAUUAAAAGUACACUCUACAGUUCAGGUGUUGCUCCAUUUGAUGCUGGAUCCAAAAUUGGUGCUAGUUUUCCAAAAAGAGCUAAAACAUCAUCUCAUUUGCAGACAUUACCUGAGCAUGAUGAUUCUGUUUGCACAGAAUUUUCAGAUAUUGAUGAGACAAACCGUGUUUUUGAUGAUUUCUAUCCAGAAUGGGAUUUUGAAAGCAGAGUCACUUUAAGGGAGAAGUCUGCUUUUCAUCAUUCAAUGAUUGAUCUUAAUUCUGAUGCACAGCUUCACAACAGUGCUCUUUUAAAGGAUUCCUCCUCGCCAAAAAAUAACGAAGUGCUGGAGCAGAAACUUGCAGAGUUGGAGGAUCGGCUAAAGACCAUUACUAAAGAUUAUGCAGCAGAAGUUGAGAGAAGAGCAUCAUUUGAAAAAGAGACUUUAAAAUUAAAGCAACAACUUGAGGCUAAAGAAGAGGAGGAAGAUACACUUGUGAAAGCACAUCAACUGGAAAUAACUAGUCUUAAAGAUAAAUUACAAAAUAGGCCUGAGAGGAAUGAAAUGAGGGUUGGUUUGGAAGCAGCUGAACAGCUGGAAGUUUUGGAUUCAAACCUUACACUAAGCCAAGAUAAAAUGAACAUUUCAGAUCAGUGCACACAAACGGAUCAGGUGCAAGAGAAAUGUGAUAAGGAACACCUUUCAAGUCAGAUCCAUGAUAUUUGUCAAGAGCAAAUAAUGAUGCUUGAGCAGAAGAUAGUAGAUCUGGAAACAAGUAAUCAGCAAAGUAACUUAGUGGAAAGUCUCCAAAUUUGUGAAGCUCUAAUGUUGGAGAAAGAAACGGCUCUAAACGAACUGGCUAUUUUGCGGGAGGACUUUGAUAGUGUUGUUGUGGAGAACGAGAGCCUGAAACAAGAAAUUGCCACAAUGGAAAAAUAUAUUCAAGAGAAAAAUGAAACAAAUGAGUUUGAAAUGUUGGAGAAAGAAACGCAAAAAGAGCAAGAGGCACAACUAAUCCAUGAAAUUGGCAAUUUAAAGAAGGUAUUAGAGAAUGCAGAGUUGUACAAUCAAGAACUGGAGGCUGAACUAGAAAAUAAAUCCAACGUUUUACAAGAUCAAGAAAAGCAAAUAGCUGAAUUAAAAAAAGAUGCUGAAGAGCUCUUGAAAAAAGCCAGAUAUUCUGAUCUCUCUACAUCUAUGGGUGGUGACAAUGAAAAACUAUGCGAAGAAGUGUUUCAGCUGAAACAAUCUAUGGGUGAUGCUGAAACUGUAACUCGGGAUGCUCAAAGGGAAGCUGCCUUCUUGAGAAGUGAAAACCUGGAGUUAAAGGAGAAAAUGAAUGAAUUCUCACUUCGCUGCCAACAGAGAGAAAAAGAUGCCUGUGCUGUUGAAAAACAGUUAGAAACUGAGAAGUCCAAUUAUAAAAGGAUGCAAGCUGACUUGCAGAAAGAACUGCAAUGUGCAUUUAAUGAGAUUAAUCAACUCAACGGCCUUAUGGCAGGAAGAGUCCCCAAAGAUCUGCUUUCUCGGGUGGAAUUGGAAAAGAAGAUUGCAGAUUGCUCAAAGCAACUUACCAAUGCUCUUGAAGAGAGAGAUUCUCUAGAAAAGCAAGUUGCAUAUUUGUCAGAAUUGAAAUCUUUGCCAAGUGAAAUUGAACAACUUAAGAACCAGAUACAGAAAACUUCAGAGGAACUCCACCUGUUACAGAAUGAAAAAGAACAAUCUGACUCUCUAAUAAGCGAUCAGAACAGCAAGAUGCAAGAGCAAAGGGAAACGAUUGAAAGACUGACUGAGGAGGUGACAAACACACAGUCAAAGUUUCAGCAAGCUGAGCAGCAACACUCUGAGCUCCAAAUACUGUAUGAAGACCUUCAGACAAGAUGCUCACUCACAGAUGAAGACAUUAAGAAAAAGUCCCUUGAGGCUGAAUGUCUAGUGACAGAAAUAAAUGACCUGAAAACAUCUUUGGAACUAUUAGAGAGCGAACUGUUCAGAGCACAACAAGAAAAGGAAGAGAUGGUUCAAGCUCAGCAGGAACGUGCUUCUGAAACUAGCAGCAUGGAAGAAAUGCUCAAGUCCACGGAGUCUGAGAGAGACGACCUCCAGAAACAAGUGAGCAAUCUGUCAUCUCUUGUUGAAACUCUUCAGCAACAAGAAGAGAUGCAAUCUGAACUGUUGAAAGAAAAGCAGGAUUUAGAACAAAAGCACCUUCAGCUAAUGUCUGAAAUGGAACAACUUCAAGAGCAGUUGAGUAACUUGCAGCCAUCGCUGAGUAUCAUGCAAACUGAGACCUCUGAAGCUAAACUUAAACUUCAAGAGCUCCAGGAGGAAAUGACACUGCUUGCUCAACAAAGAGAUGAGCUUCAAUCUAAGGUGGAAGAGCUUGCAGAUGAGAAGGCUAUUCUAAAACAAGAUCUGAAUGACAACAUUGAAAUGUCAAUUGAAACACAGGAUGAACUGAGGACAACCCAGGAGGAGCUUAAAUCCCAGAAACAACUUGUGGCUGAUCUGAGAAAACAGAUUUCAGAUUAUGCUGAACGCAUUUCCCUACAAGCAGAAAGCCACAAGAACACCCCAGAGGCUAGUAAAGCAGAUUCUGAGACCAUUGCCGAAAAGAAAAUGGAACUAGAAGAGGAUCAGAGUUUAAAUUCUGAAAUGGAAGUUCUCAAGGAAAGAGUCAAAUCAGCUGAGCUGGCUCUAGCCACUAUGGAAGGAGCAAAGAAUGAACUUAUGCAGAAACUUUAUGCCCUUGAAGAGGAUCUCCUAUCUGUCACUGAGCAGAGGGAUCAGCUGGAGAACACAAAGAACAGUCUUCUGAAAGAAAAGAAUGACCUUAGAGAUGAAGUACAGAGAACUACCAAGCAAGUUUGUGAGCUAAAUGAAGAGUUAAAACACCUGUCUGAGAAACCAUCAAAUGACGAUGCAACAGCACAACUCCCAGAACAGAUAGAGAAACAAAAGCUGCUUGAAACACUCAAAGCUGUGACAGAUGAAAGAGACCAGCUCAAGCUUGAUUUACAUGACAACAUUGAAAUGUCCAUAGAAACACAAGACGAACUGCGGAAUGCCCUGGAUGAGGUGAAGGAAAAGUCCAGGCUAUUAGAUGCACUGAAGUCACAAGUGGAUGGCUCUUACGGCCGAACAAAUAACCUGGAGAAAGCUAAAGAUAAGGAAACGCAAGACAAGGAAGUACAAGUGCUCUCAGAUUUGUUUGCAAAUGAAGAAGAAAUGAAUGAAUCAGCCAGACUAGAAGUAGAAACCGAGAGAACUCUUUUAAAAGAGAAAAUUGAUCAUCUACAGCAGCAAAUCCACAUUAUUUCUCAGGAGAAAGAACAAAAUGAACAGUUAAUAGAUGCCCUUCAAGCAGAGAACUUUCAGCUGGUAUCUGUUGCGCAAAGACGCACAGAAGAUGAGGUAGUACAAAGCAAAGAUACAGAAGAUUUAACAAGUGUAAUUGAGAAGCUGAAGGAAGAACUGGAAAAUACAAGCCAACAACUGGCAGUAAAGGACCAAGAAGCAAAGCAAGCUGCUGAGAGAUUAAUGGAUUUAAAUAAAACGGAUCAACAUAUGGCUGCAUUAGAAAUGCUGGAGAAAAAUCUAGAGCACAGUAGAAUCUUAUUGGAAAAAAUACAAGAAGAGAAACUGGAGCUUUCAGAUAAACUUGGCUCACUCCUGGAAGAGCUAGAGAAGGUGACUUGUUACAAAGAUGACCUGCAAGGCAAGCUGGAAAUUGUACUGGGUGAAAAUGCCAGCCUAAAAGAAGUCCUAGAAACUGCAUCAAUCUCGGAGGAGCUACAAAGAUGUCACGAGUUGCAGCAGCAGGGAGCUCUCAUGAACGGUGCAAGAAUGGAGAUUCCUGGCAGUGUCUCUGUACAGGACAAAGAUACCAGCACUGACUUGGAAGAACAGGCUCAUGAUUUGCAAGAACAGCUGUUACAAAAGACUUUUGAAUAUGAACAACUUCUUCAGAUAAAAAACAAACUUGAGGAAGACAAAAACAGCCAGAAUUGUGAAUUGGAAAACCUAGCAAAUAGCAUGACAGAAGCACAGAUAAGUCUCGAGUCUCUGCAGAAUGAAAAACAUCAAACAGAAGAACAACUUAUUGACCUUCAACAAAAACUGAAUGCUGCUGCCCAGGAUAGACAUGAUCUAGAGAUCACAAAUGAAAGGUUAAUUGCAGAAAUGGACCAACUUAAAAGCAAUCUAAAGGAAAAUGAAGAAAUGGAUUCUCUUUUGCAAGAACAGCUGCUGCAAAAGACCUUUGAAUAUGAACAACUUCUUAAGAUUAAAAACAAACUUGAGGAAGGCAAAGACAGCCUAAACUGUGAAGUGGAAAGCCUAACAAAUAGAAUGAUAGAAGCACAGACAAAUCUGGAGUCUCUGCAGAAUGAAAAACAUCAAACAGAAGAACAACUUAUUGACUCUCAACAAAAACUGAAUGCUGCUGUUCAGGACAAGGAUGAUCUGGAGAUCACAAAAGAAAGAUUAAUUACCGAAAUGGACCAACUUAAAAGCAAUCUAAAGGAAAAUGAUGAAAUGGUAUUGCAUUUAAGACAAGAAAUUCAGCAGAGAACAGAGUGCCCACAUGAAGAUCUUGAGCAAGCCCAGCAUGCGUUAACAAAUGAGCUCGCGCAAACUAUGAAAGAUCUUAAGAGCACAGAGACCCAACUGGAGGCUCUUAGAAGUGAGAAACUUGACACUGAGCAAAAGCUUCUCCAUCUUCAACAUGAAAUGGAAAUAGUCACCCAUGAAUGUGAUGAUCUAAAGGCUUCACAAGAAAGUCUAACAUUAGAGAGGAACCAACUUAAAGAAGCUCUAGAGAUGAAUACCAAAAUGGUAAGGACUGAAGAGAAGCUUUUCAGUCUUCAGGAACACGUGGAGGUGAUUACCAAGGAGAGAGAUGACUUGCAAGCGGCACUGCUGAGUCUACAGUCUGAAAGAGACCAGCUAAAAAAAGAUCUGAGCGAGAACAUAGAAAUGUCUAUUAAAACUCAAGUAGAUCUAAGGAGUACUCAAGAGGAACUUCAGCACCAAAGAGAGAGGAUCAGUGAAUUGGCAGAAGAGAGAGCCUCUUUAGAACAGAAGUCCUCUUCGCUAGAGAAAGAACUGCAUGAGACCGCUGUUGUUUUGAAAGAAGUUACUUGUGAACGAGAUGAUCUUGAUCAGUCUAAGCACACAUUGACUUCAGAGGUGGAUCAGCUUUUACAACAGUUAAAAGACAAAGAGUUAUCUUUAGAACAAGCAGAGAAAGAAAAAUCUGAGGCCUCCCAAAAACUUUUUGAGCUUACAUCGGUGCUAAGUAGUAUGGCGGAGGAGAAGGACCAACUAAACUGCUCCAAAGAAGAUGUGGAAAAACAGUCUUUUGAAAUGCAGAAUGAUAUUAGAAAAACUCAAGAAGAGCUUCAACAGCAAAAAGAGAAGGUAGAAACUUUGACAAGCGAGAUUGCCCUUCUUGAAGAAAAGUUGUCUUCACUUCAGAGAGAAUUGCAAGAAAACAUCACUCUUUUAAAAGCAGCUGUUGAGGAAAAGGAAAUGCUUGACCAAGCUAGGCAAAACCUUUCAUCAGAUUUAGAACUGGUUAUGGAGUCUUUGAAGAGUAAGGACACUAUCUUGGAAUUAACAGAGAGCGAAAAAAGGAUAGCUGCCCAGAAAGUACUUGAACUAACUGAGGAAGUGAGAACGAUGUCCCAGGAGAAAGAGCAGCUCCAGCUAUUAAAAGAAAAUUUGGAAGGGGAGGCCACUAAGCUAAGGGAGGACUUCAAACAACUGCAACAUCAGCAUGCUGAGUUACGUGAGCAAGAGACCCAAAAAUCUGGCAGAUUAGAGGAACUGCUAUUGGAGUUUGAGCAAUUAAGAGAGAAGGUUACCCUUACAGAUACAACAGCUCAGCAGUUAGAGAUGGAUAAGGCUGAUCUGCAGAGAAAGGUUCAGCAGCAUGAGCUGGAAGUGGCAUCUCUCCACCAGGAACAGGAGCAAUUCCAGCAACUGCUACAGAGGGCCCGAAGUGAAAAGGAAAAUAUUUGCACAAAUCUUCAAGAUCAGGAGAAAGCUAACGAACAUUUAAAGGAGUCGCUAACAACCUGUCAGACAGAACUUGAGUCUGUCAAGAAGCAGAGAGAUGAAACUAAAGACAAUCUUACUGAAAAAGUAAAUGAAGUAAAUGCAAUGUUACAGGAGUUAUCUUCUCUGGAACAGCAACUACAACUACUGCACCAGAAACUAAAGGAUGAAAGGAUGAAAAAUAAUGAGCUUUGUGAAAAGGUCAAUGACCUUGAGAAAGAAAUCAGAGUUCUUCGAUUAAUACAGAACGAGCCUGAACAAGAACAAGAUGAAAUUGAAGAGCGUACUGAAAUUCUACAGCAGAAAAAUGAAGAGUUGAAGGACCUUAUGGUGAACAUUUCCACUGUGUAUGCUAAUCACUACCGUAUACUAAGCACCCUUUCAGUGGAACUACAAGCUGAAGUUGAAGCACAGAAACAAUCCAUGAGUUCUAUAAAGGAGUCGUUGUCUUCGACACAUUCUAGAGAAUUUGGAACUCUACAAACGGAAUACAUCAAACUAAACUCUCAGCUGCAGACUCUGGUCAACAAAUUUAAGGUCAUAUACAGGACUGCCGCUGUCAAGGAGGAACAAUAUAGUUUGGUAAAUGGCUAUGAGAGGGACUUGUGUGUAGUACAGAAGAAAAAUGAUGAGAUGCUGCUUCAGUGUCAGAACCUAGAACAGAAUGGCACAAAGUGGUCUGAGAAUGCAGCAGAAGAGCUUAAAUUCUGUGAACUUGAAUUCUUAAAUCACCUGAUCUUUAAGAAAAUGGAUGUAAUGAAGUGUGUGGAAGAUGGGUUCUCAGAAGUACAGGUCACUCUGAAUAGUGUGGAAGGAGACCUUAAAGAAGAGGUGAAAUGCAAGAAGCAGUUCUUGUCGUGGUUGGAAGAGUUGGAAGGCUUACACUUUGAUGCCAAGAAAUGCAGUGAGGGUAUAAUUCAAGAAAAUAAGAGGAUUUCUGGUGUUGUCCAGCUUUUAGCAAGGGGUUUAAAGGUAAUCGUCCAGUCACGAAUAAAGCCGGACACAGUGGCAUAUCUAAACAAGCUCGAUGAAAAUUUACAGGAGAAAAAACAGAAGAACAAAGAGCUCCUGCAAAGAAUGCAACAAUUUGCUCCAUCUGGAGAUUCCAACAUUCUAGAGGAGGAAAAUGCACAACUCUGUGAGAAAUUGAAAAAUCUGCAGGCAGAAUUAAAGAAAAUGCAGUGCAGAAUCCAGCAGCUAGAAAAUGAGGUCACUUCAGCCAAUGCAGAUGCCAAACAAAAGGGGGAGAAGGCAGCACUUUUACAAGAGAAGCUUUUGUCAAGUAGCAGGGAAACUGAGCUUUCUGAAAUGCGAGCUAAGGUUUCUGAAAAAGAGAAACUUCUAGAGACGGCCCUAAAAGAAAUGAAGGCUCUCCAAGAAAAGGUGACCCAAGGUGGAGCACCAUACCGAGAUGAAAUAGACCAUCUUAAAAGUCAACUGGUGAAGUUUGAAAUGGACAGAAUAAAGUUGUCAAAAUCUACAGACCAGCAAAUAGCUUCCUUAAGGUCUUGUAUUGACUAUAAGGAGGAAUCUUUAAGGAAGCUGAAAGAACAACUUCGACGAUCACAAAAAGAUACAGAUACUACCAUUUGUUCAGAGAAGGAUGGCUCCACAUCAUAUCCCGUGACCUGUGGUGGUGGUAGUGGCAUUGUGCAGAGUACAGCAAUGCUUAUGCUUCAAUCAGAAAAUGCUGCUUUGAAAAGGGAAAUUACCCAAUGCAAGAAAAGGUGCCAUCAGCUAUCAAGAAAUGCAUCCAGUCGAGAAGAUGAACCUAAAAAAAUUAAAGAUAGGAGUAUAGAAACACCUUCCAACUUGUUUAGUUCACUAACAGACUCAUCACAAUGCAGCAGUGAGAUGUACAGACAAGUCGCUGUCUCACCACGCAAAUCUGACAUUCCGCUUAGACAUAUACAUUCGCCAGGGAAGACUGGAAUACACAGGAAACAUGCAGCGUCCCCAAGCAAGACACAUUUGCCCAGACCUCAAGUGAUGUCGCCGAGCAAGACACACUUACCCAAACCUCAAGUGAUGUCUCCAAACAAGACAUUAAGGAACAGUGUUCCUGCCUCAUCUCCUGGAAAGACUGUGCUGACUAGAAAGCGUGCUUUGUCACCAUUUAAAACUGAAGGACUGUUCAGCAACUUGACAGAAUCACCAUGCAAAAAGCAAAGUUCACCAGAGCCUCCAAACUCGGAUAAAUUCUUUGAGCGGUCCAAAUCUCUGCCUUAUUGUCCAACCAAGUUUUUUGACAACUCCACACUUGGCACUUUACAAGAUGCAGAUAUCUACAGUGGAAGUACUACUGCAACAAAUGAAGAUAACUGGUGGGAUCGAGCCGACAAAAACAAGAAUGCCAAUGAUUGUAAAACAUCUUAAAUGACUUUGCACAUCUGUUACUGCGAAUGAAACUAGCACAGCAAUCACUACAGUGUUAACUGCACAGGAAUUGUCACUAGCGUGCCUCUU